AUGCCACCCGCAAAACGCCAACCUCAAAACCUAAGGCAACAGCCUUUUAAGGUCCCACGUCGACAGACAUCUCCUGUCGCUGGCCCUUCGCAACCCGCAGGCGCGGCGGGACUAUCAACCAAACCCAAAUCUAAACCCACCGCGAAAUCGCAACAGAAAAAACCCUCAGCGUCCUCAUCUAAGACCUCGCGCCCCUCGAAGAUCACUAGCAAGGACAAACGACUCGUCUCAGAAAGCCCAGAAACCGAUGAUCAGUCAGAAUCAGGCUCCGACUCUAUCUCUAAUUCAAGCAGCCUAAGUCGCGAGCGUUCGAUCUCAGAAGAGCCCGAUUAUAUUCUUGCAGAGAUUACCCAUGCCGAACAACCGGAUGAUGUGACUACAAGCGAUCCUACGAUUCCAUCGAAACUCCUUACAAGGUUGCUACAUAGCCAUUUCCAGAACGGGAAAACCAAGAUCGCAAAGGAUGCGAAUGCCGUCGUUGCGAAAUACGUGGAUGUUUUUGUGAGAGAGGCUUUGGCGAGAGCUGCCUAUGAGAGGGUCGAGGCGACUGGUGGCGGGGGGUCUAUUGGAGAUGGGUUUUUGGAGGUCGAAGAUCUUGAGAAGAUGGCUCCACAGCUAGUUUUGGACUUUUAG